GUCUGGUUUUCUCUGCUGUUCGGCUCAGAAGAAACUUGUGCAGGGAAACUUUGACAGACGUCGACAAAUGUCAGUUAGUUAGCAGAAAUCUUUGGAAGUUUAUGCUGUUUCCAAACUCUCCAAAUGUGUGACGAAGGAGAGGAAAGCGACGGCGGCGAGAGGGCGCAUCUCUCGGAGUCCCCCUCUCUGCCUCUUGCAGUUAUUUUCCCCCGAGGAUCUCCUUCUUCCCCGCGGCCCUUAGACCUUUUCUCCUCCGCCUCUCCACUGCUGGGGGACACAGACCCGCCUUAUCUCGCCUCCUCAGAGUGCCUGCACCUGUCUCCGGAGAACCUGGAGCUCGGGGUUUCCACGCGCUUCACACCGCCAAAGUUCCAUCAGAGCACCGAGGGCGCCGGCUCUCCGCUCCGGCCGGAUUCAUGGAGAGAUGUGGGAUAUGAUCACUACGAUGCCCCCGUUCCUAAAUGGAAAGGACGAGGCGCGGAGAGCUCCGAGCGCCUUCAGCACCGCGGACAGAGACCCCAGCAGGCUCCAGAACCGCAGGACUACGGGAACCACUGCUCUACUGAGCUCAGAGACACCGAGUUCGACUCCGAAACACGACAGUCAGUGGAAGCCAUGAAUCGCCGUCACACCACGCUCCGGGAGAAGGGGCGUCGUCAGGCAGUACGGGGACCAGCCUAUAUGUUCAAUGAGCGUGGCUCCCCCCUCACCGCAGAAGAGGAGCGCUUCCUGGACGCUGCAGAGUAUGGAAACAUUCCUGUGGUACGCAAAAUGCUGGAAGAGUCCAAAACACUGAACUUCAAUUGUGUGGACUACAUGGGCCAGAAUGCUUUGCAGCUAGCAGUGGGUAAUGAACACCUGGAGGUGACUGAGCUGCUGCUGAAGAAGGAUGGUUUGGCCAGGAUUGGGGACGGCCUUCUUUUGGCCAUUUCCAAAGGUUAUGUUCGAAUCGUGGAAGCCAUCCUGGCUCAUCCGGCUUUCGGCGGGGGCAUCCGACUGGCUGUGAGCCCUCUGGAGCAGGAGAUGCGGGAAGAUGCUUUCUAUGCCUAUGACGAGGAUGGAACGCGCUUCUCGCAUGACGUCACGCCCAUCAUUUUGGCAGCUCACUGCCAGGAGUAUGAAAUCGUUCACAUACUUUUGACAAAGGGAGCCCGUAUAGAUAGGCCCCAUGACUAUUUCUGCAAAUGCUCAGAAUGUGUGGAGAAGCAGAAGAAAGACUCGUUCAGUCACUCACGCUCCAGGAUGAAUGCGUAUAAGGGCUUGGCCAGUGCUGCAUACCUGGCCCUCAGCAGUGAGGACCCCGUCCUCACUGCACUUGAACUCAGCAAUGAACUGGCAAGACUGGCCAACAUAGAGACGGAGUUUAAGAACGACUACCGUAAGCUGUCCAUGCAGUGUAAAGACUUUGUAGUGGGUGUGUUGGACCUUUGUCGGGACACGGAGGAGGUUGAGGCCAUAUUGAACGGCGACGUGGAUCUGUGCCCACCAAGCCCUUACAAUCGCCCCUGCCUCAGCCGUGUCAAACUCGCCAUCAAGUACGAAGUCAAAAAGUUUGUCUCUCAUCCCAACUGCCAGCAGCAGCUGCUAACUAUCUGGUACGAGAACCUGCCAGGCCUGAGGCAGCAGUCCUUUGGUGUGAAAUGCUGGACAGUGCUGGGGGUUACAGUAGGCCUGCCCUUUCUGGCCAUUGCCUACUGGAUUAUGCCAUGUAGCAAGCUCGGCCAGAUCCUGCGAAGCCCCUUCAUGAAAUUCGUGGCUCACGCUGUUUCCUUCACCAUCUUCCUCGGCCUGCUGGUCAUCAAUGCAUCCGACCGCUUUGAGGGGGUUAAGAAUCUGCCAAAUGAGACCAUCACAGACCACCCACGACAGGUGUUCAGGGUAAAAACCACUCAGUUCUCCUGGACAGAGAUGUUGAUCAUGAAAUGGGUGCUGGGGAUGAUCUGGUCAGAGUGCAAAGAAAUCUGGAGUGACGGACCCAGAGAGUACAUCAUGCAUCUUUGGAAUGUUCUGGAUUUUGGCAUGUUGUCCAUAUUUGUGGCUUCCUUUACGGCUCGCCUCAUGGCUUUCCUGAAAGCUUCUAAAGCCCAACAGUAUGUGGACAUGCAUGUCAGAGAUGAAGACCUCAGCAAUGCCUCACUGCCUGAAGAAGUUGCCUACUUCACCUACGCCAGGAACAAGUGGCGACCCUCUGAUCCCCAAAUCAUCUCUGAGGGCCUGUAUGCCAUCGCUGUGGUGCUGAGUUUCUCACGCAUCGCUUACAUCCUGCCAGCCAACGAAAGCUUUGGCCCACUUCAGAUCUCGCUGGGGCGCACCGUCAAAGACAUCUUCAAGUUUAUGGUCAUCUUCAUCAUGGUGUUUGUGGCCUUCAUGAUUGGCAUGUUCAACCUGUACUCCUACUACCUGGGAGCCAAGUACAAUCCUGCCUUCACCACGGUGGAAGAGAGUUUCAAGACUCUGUUCUGGUCGAUAUUUGGGUUGUCUGAAGUGAUCUCAGUGGUGCUAAAAUACGACCAUAAGUUCAUAGAAAACAUUGGCUACGUGCUGUACGGAGUCUAUAAUGUCACCAUGGUGGUCGUCCUGCUCAACAUGCUCAUCGCCAUGAUCAACAGCUCAUACCAGGAGAUAGAAGAGGACUCUGAUGUGGAGUGGAAGUUUGCCCGUGCCAAGCUGUGGCUUUCCUAUUUUGAUGAGGGCCGCACCCUGCCUGCCCCUUUCAACCUGGUUCCCAGCCCCAAGUCUUUCUACUACUUAGUUCUUCGCACCAAGUGCUGCCUCAUUCACCUCUGCAAGGCCAAUGGUCGGCACCACAGCAAUGAGCUGGAGAUGGGCAAGCUCAACUCUCAGGCCAAGGAUGAACGUUUUAGUUCGCGUCCGGGAGAGGAGUUCACCCAGAGAAAGUCGAGAAAACACCCGACCAGAUAUCAGAAGAUCAUGAAACGCCUCAUUAAACGUUAUGUGCUGAAAGCUCAAGUGGACAAAGAGAGCGAUGAAGUCAAUGAAGGCGAGCUGAAGGAAAUCAAGCAAGACAUUUCCAGCCUCCGCUAUGAGCUCCUGGAGGAGAAGUCCCAGGCCGCAGGAGAGCUGGCUCUGCUCAUCCAGCAACUCGGCGACAAGUUUGGCAAGAACACCACGAGACACUGACAGCUUUUGAAAAUGGAGGGGACAGGAAAGAUGGGAGGACGACUUGAAAGAGGGUGAAAAAAGGAAGAGGUUGAGAAAAGCAGAGGAAAGCCAGGUAUUUUUAUGAGCAGUUUGCAAGCAGGACAGAAAAAAAACACACACAGGGGAAGUGGGAUGUUUAUGGGAAAUGACCAGAGGUGAAUGGAGAAAGUAAAGACUUGAAAUGUCCAAUUGGGAAAGAGUGAAAAUUUGCUAACUUAGAAUUAGGUCUAAGUGCUUUAUAUUCACAAAGCCAGGUCAGACAAGAAUGUAAAAUGAACACUGUAGCUGUGAGUUGGUGCGAGGUUGCAUGGUCAAAGGUCAGUGAAGGUCAGCUGGAUAGGCUAUGUGUUGACAGUUCUCUUCUAAUUAAAAGCAAUUCCUGCAUGGAGGAAAAAAUGGGAGUGAGAAACAGACUCUGAGGGGCAAAAAAUCCAAGAAUGGUGACGAGGCACCACAAGGGCACAGAGCGAUGCAGCACCAAUGAAUGACCUACAUCCCUUGCCAGCAGACAUCAUUGAAUCUCCAGUUUGGAGGAGAGGGGGAGGCCCAGUGAAUAGACGGCAUGGAGCUGAAAUAAGCAGGGAGUAAACAAGAAAUUACAGCUGUUAUUCACAGCAGACAGACUGCCUUUUGCUUCGAUCCCCUCACUUUGUCAGAAAUGAAAGCAGUAAAGCCUGUGGAGCGAGACACACCUUCAUCUAUGAGGCUAUCUAAUUAAGAAGACUCAGCCCAUCAUGCACAAGUGACGGUAUUAAUCAGAGGGAUGAGGAAAAGCAUAUGGAAAUAAUUCAUACCUUCAAAAAAUAAGCAUUACUAUAUUAUGCCCAAGCCACACAUAGUGUUUUUACUUUGUUGCAUUUGUUGAAUUUGCAAAACAGCUACAUUAGGAAAAAAUAGCUUUUUAAUUAAAAAAAUUAAAGUAUCAUAUGUUUUAAUGCAAUAAUCAUUGCAAGCAAUCAUUGACAAUAGAAUGCAGACACGUUAGAUUAAAGAAACAAAAACAAAAUUGCUGCAGUUUAAGCAUAAUUAAUGUUUGAAAAACAGCAUGUAAGUUCAUUUCUAGCUAUAAAGACGUUUGUUUUUAAGAAGUUGUGGGAACAGGUGUGAAAUCAAAGAGGUCUAUUCUUAACAAACUUGUUAUGGAGUUAUUUCAGUAGAGGGAAAAAAUGUGGACUUUCCUGCAGAGAUUUAUUGGUAACAGUUCAUGGUCUUGUUUUUUAUUCUUCUGUCUUUUAAGCUUAACUGCUACACAAGGUCUAUAAAAACUUUGUCACAAUCCUCUGAUUAACAUAUCAGUGUAUGAUCUAACUGUUUAAAGCUUUAGUUAAUGAUAAAAAAUACUUUAGAAAUGAACUACUUAACAAAAAAAUGAUUAUAAAUUUACAAUUUUUAGGAAUGUGCAAAUACAAAGACUGAAUUAAGAUCAGUCAAAAUGCUGAUGUAGCUGUAUGGUGUCCUGAGAUGAUCCUGAAUUGUAGGGUCAGCAUAAUUUUGAUUGUGUACUACUAACUUUUCUGAUUUGUUUUCUUUACAUUUACAUUUUCUGGACCUAAAUUAGAUUUUAAUAUUUUGUCCAGCAAUCACAAACAGGUUGCAGUAGCAUCACGUUGGGUUAUCAUGUAUGUAAAUACAUUUGCACUUACCCGCCUCACAGUCCCUCAUAGCCAUGUCUGUUUGUCUUGUGACUAAUGCACAUCCUGGUUCUUUUCUAUAGCAAACUAAGGCAGCAAUGACUCCGUGCAAUAUUUACACUUCACCAUCAACACAACACAACUCGAAAAUUCUACAUAGUGACAAAAACACAGUGAUUUAGAUUAACAUUAACAAGUCCACCAGGUUGGAUGCCAACAGCACAUUAUAAGUAGCAGAGGUCACAUGCAACACAGGAGGGAGGUUUGCUGUGAAUUCAUGUGUAGCGUCUUUGUUUUUUUUAGAGUUGGAGUUGCAGCAUGUUUCAAAUGUCUCAUUUGUUCGAAUGAGAGUCCAGAGUACCCACUCAACAAACAGAAACAGGGAAAAAGAUACGUUGAGUUGCCAUCAUACAACAUCUAUUUCAUAAAUAAUAAAUAGUAUUCACAUUUCAAGUGCUCUUCUGUCAGAGAAAGAAAAAUGUUUGCUUGUUGUACAUGAAUCCAAAUAGUAUAAAAAUGUGACUUUUAACAGAAUGAAGAAAGCCAUUAUUAUAACAUUUCCCACGAUUGUAAAUAUUUUUAGAAAGAUCCAUUUGCAAAACAAGUGUUUUCUAUGUUUUUUUUGGCAUCAUUGAUCAGUUUGUUUAUAGGAACAUUAAGCAGCUCUGACAUGCAGAAAUUAGUAUAGAUUCUACAGUCCAAAUUGCAAAAACACAGUGAUAAAGGAUCUUUCCUGCUCUCUCUUUUAUAGAUUUGAAGUUAAUCUAGACUACUUACUCACAGAAGGGGAAGUUUAAAUGUCAGGAUUUCUGCAGUGUCUAUAAUAAAGUCUCUAGUGAAUUAGAGUCUAUUUUAACUGGGUUCUGGCCCUAUAUAGCUCAAAAAGUCUCUGUCAAAAGCAUUUUUUUAAGAUAAUACUAGUGAACAAGCAAGGUCUGGUCUUGUUUAGCUCAUUAGUAGCAGUUAGCUCAGAACAACCACUAACUUUAGAAAUUGCACAGCAAAAAAAAUCAUUAGAAAGUAAAAAGACCCACGUUUCAAGAAGAAUUGCCUUAUUUUCUGUCUUGCAAGACAACAAUCUUAUCAAAAAGGUUUUCCAAUAGCAAAAUAAUUUGAGAAAGCCUCUCUUAAUCACUAGAAAUGCUUUUUUAAUUAGGAACUCUUGGAAAGAGGAUUUAUCUUACCCCAAUGGCAGAUUGUUUCCUUAUUUAAAGACAAUCCAUGUAGGUUAGAUUGUUUUGAUGUAUUUUUAGGGGCCUGUUUUUGCAGUGUGCUUAUUGUAUUUAAAUAGCUACAAAUUUCUGUUUAUUGAGAACAAUUUUACAGUAUUUUUUAGCAAUGCUCAUUUCUUCAAGAAACCUGUUAGGUGACUAUAGUUGCUUAUCUAGUCAGAAGAAAUUGAGCUUGCUUCUUUCCUACAUUGUUUCUAUCUUCAACUUCCCUUAUUGUAUUCCUAUUUAAAGUCAGUUUAACUUGUUGAGUUUAUUUAUUUAAAAAAAAAACCCGUAUAAGCCGUUUGGUUUGAAAGUAAUUAGUAAGGACAAUGUUGUAUUUUCAGUUGUUCUGCUUCCUUGAGUCAGUCACAAAAUGUGUCCUUUUGCUGUGAUCAUGGGAUUCAUUUGGCGUCCAAAACAGUAUAGAGGACACCUUAAAAAUAAGAUGGACCAAGGUGCAAAGUCUAGGAUGAAGGUAAAACAGAUUGUUUAUAACUUUUUUAAAUUAAGCCAAUGUUUAGACAAAUCUGAUUUCCUUAACAUUAGUUGUUUAAAUAAAAUAUUUUAUUCUAUUGCUUAAGCCUUUUGCUCCUGAAGGUUUGACUCCUAAUUAACCCUUUUUCACCAGAACUUUAGCUCCAGUGUUUACAUUCCUUUGACUACUGUAACUCUUCAACUGUUUACGCAAUUAACGUAAUUCCAGCAGAUUCUGAAGCAGAGAAAGGCAGCCUUUCACUGACAUGCAACACUGUCCAGCAGUGAAGUCCUUACGCAAUCAAUGUAAAUCAGCUAAAUCAGUGGGUUUGCGGUACCAUGUGGAACUUAGUUACGUGUACAAUCGAGGAGCUAUGGUAGGUCAAAGAAUGUGUGCUAUUUUGGUUUCACCAGUGAAAUCUUUGGUGUUAACGGGAAAGUCAUCACUGCUACACAGAGAAAAACUUGGGCAAGGCUAAACAUCACUAAAAAGCUUAAACUGUCUACCAAAGAAAGAUAGAAAGUACAUUGAGCACACCCAAGAUACAGAAAACAAACACAAACACAUGCAAGUGUAGGAAGCAACUGGCAAAUCUUACUUUUUCUCCAGAGUCCCCAGAGUACUUUGUUGUUUUUUAUCCACUCAGAAUCAGCGUUCUCUAAUUGUACACAUGCACGCACACACACGCACACACGCACACACACACACACAGUGUAACCAUUCUUCAGUGUGUGAGUCUGUUUUUUGCCAAACGAUGCUUUGACACAUCAUUAAGGCUGAGAAUAUAACCUUAGCUUUUCUGGAAGAACAAAAUUCCAAUAACUACCUACUAAUUUGAAUAAAAAAAAAAUACUUAUCAAAGCAGACUCCUUGCACUGCAUAAAAGGCAACUUAAGUAAGCCUCAAUCCUCCAGACACAGGUCAUAAAAACAUAUCAAAGGAACAAUCCCAUCUUAAUAUCUAUUGAUGUUUUUGUACCAGAGCACCACAGUCUAACAGCACAAAACCCUAAUGUUUCCAUAUUGUUAAUGAAGAAAAUUAUCCUCAAAAAUAUAAUUAUUGCAUUUAGUUUAUAAAUUUAAGCAGUAAUUUCACCCAGGCAGAUAUCUCAAUAUUUACAAUUUUUGGAGAAAGGUAUGAUUUCAAUUUUAAAUAAAUGUUUAGAAAUUUUUCUACACUCAGCAAAAUGAUAGCAGUUCCUAUCAAAUAUCCUAAAAGAAAACAGCUAUUAUUAUUAUAUUAUUUUUACUAUUGUAUCUGACUCUGUUUUAGUUUAAAGAAUACUGUUUAUGGUCAUUUUACAUAAAAUGUUUGGCUUUAUUUUAUGACUAUUUCUAUGACAUAUUUUAUGUUAUUCCUAAGGGUUUUUACUUUUGUUUGUCAAAGCAGAAAUUGGAAAAGAGUAAGAAGGUUUUAUCAUUUUCUAAAAAACUGCAUUUUUGAUCCGGAAUGUAGUCAGGAAAUAAUAAAUAAACAACAUCUUGUCCUGUAAAUUGUCCUAUUUUUAAUCCUUGAAUUAAACGGAUAACU